UGGAGCAAGAGAGGGAGGGGAAGAGUGGAGGGUCUGUAAGUGUGCAGCGGGAGAGAGCGGCGUACGAGGCAUUUGAGGGUCUGUAGAGGCGAGGGGAAGAGACGAAGGUAUUGGCAAGUGGAAAGGGGGCAGGGAAGAGAGAGGUGGUGAGUGUGCGUUUGCAUGCUUUGAGAGUGAGGAUAGCCAGGGAGCAAGGGACAGGGAAGAGUGUAAGAGGAGAGGGUCUGUGCUUGGUGACACUUUCUGGAGGGGUGAAAGAGAGGUUGUAAGAAGAGAGGAGGGGAAAGGAGGGGGAAAAAAGUCAUCUGGGGUGGAUUCCAAGGCAGGACAAGCUGUCAGAGAGACGGGCAGAGGUGUGAGGAGUCACUGGGAGAAAGAAGGAACAUGCUGGGGAAGACGUUAGCUGUCGCAGAAAAGUAAGGAGACCCAUCAAAACAUGAAGCACUGAGAGGAGGAGAAGAGAGGAGGACCUUCUGGAGCAAAGCACUUGCAUGUUGAAAGAGCGGAUAAGGGUUGAGGAAACUUAAGAUACAGGGCAAAAGAGGUGUCUGCUGGAGGUAUGGGGUGCAUUCACAGCACGAGCGCCGGCAGGAUGAAGAUACAUGGACCUGAUACUGACACAGGAGGAAUCCCCAUAAAGGCGGACCCUGAGGUGCAUCCGGAGAUCCUUCAACUUGCUGAGCUCGCCAAAGCAGGGAGCCACACCUUCAUGGAGAAAAGCUUCAAGAGGAAACGGGUGUGUGAUGUCUGCAAGCUGAACAUCGACAGCCCCGGGGCUUUCUGCAAGGAGUGCAAGGUUGCAGUCCACAAGACGUGUGAAGCCAAGGUGACUCCCACCUGUUCCUCAACACCAGACCUGCACGGCUCCAUUAAAUCUACACAACAGAAGAAAAGAGGCUCCAUACCAAGGAGUAAAAGUGUGGAACAAGUGAUGGAGCACGUCAUGGAGCGCCACUACGACUUUGACCUCACCUACAUCACAGAGAGGAUCAUCUCUGUCUUCUUCCUGCCGGACCUGGAGGAGCAGCGGUAUCGCAGAAACCUACAAGAAGUGGCCUCCAUGCUGAAAUCCAAGCACCAAGACAAGUUCUUGCUACUUAAUUUAUCAGAGAAGAGACACGACAUCACCAGACUUAACCCAAAGGUGCAGGACUACGGCUGGCCUGAUGUUCACGCCCCACCUCUGGACAGGAUUUGUGCUGUUUGUAAAGCCAUGGAGACCUGGCUGACCUCUGACCCCCAGAAUGUGGUGGUCCUCCACUGCAAGGGAAACAAAGGGAAGACGGGGGUCAUUGUGGCAGCCUACAUGCACUACAGCAAGAUAUCAGCGGGAGCGGAUCAGGCUCUCACCACUCUCGCAAUGAGAAAGUUCUGUGAAGACAAAGUCUCCUCUUCCCUACAGCCCUCUCAGAACAGGUACAUCUACUACUUUGGUGGGUUGCUGUCAGGCACCAUCAAAAUGAACAGCAGUCCUCUGUUCCUCCACCAGAUCCUCAUUCCAUCACUACCAAACUUCCAGGCAGGAGGAGGUUUCUAUCCAUUCCUGAAAAUCUACCAGUCUCUACAGCUUGUCUACACCUCAGGCGUCUAUGACCCCCAGAGCUCCAGGGCGAGGAAACUGUGUGUGACUAUGGAGCCAGCACUCUUAUUAAAGGGGGACAUCAUGGUGAAGUGUUUCCACCGGCGAAGUAGAACAGCAGAGAGGGAGGUGGUGUUCAGAGUCCAGUUCCAUACCUGUACCGUCCACGGAGCCCAGCUAUGGUUUGGCAAGACUGAACUGGAUCUGGCCUGCACAGAUGACAGGUUCCCUCCAGAUGCUACAGUCGAGUUUAUCUUCUCCAGUGGGCCAGAAAAAAUGAAAGGUCGAGAAUACCGCAAGAAUGAUGCCUCCAUCAAAGUAGACUACAACACCUCAGAUCCUGUGGUCAGAUGGGAUUCUUAUGAGAACUUUAACCUGCACCAUCAAGACAGCAUUGAAAAUAUCUCUCAUACGAGGGGCCCUCUGGACGGCAGCUUGUACGCCCAGGUGAGGAAGCGUCGAGGGCCGGGCUCAACUGCUUCCGGGGCAUCACCCAACGGCUGCCUCACUAGCAGUCCAACAGUCAAGCCUCAAACUCCCAGCCAGCCCCAGCCUCUCACCUAUACCUCUGACUCAAGCCGCUCCUCGGUCCUCGCUGAUCAACCAGAAGACACCUCUCCAUCUAUAAACCGCCCAGAAAGAGAAAACACUGACUCUCCUUCAAAGAGAGGAGACGGGGAAGAUGGAGCAAAGGAUAAAAGACGAGGGAAAGAAAAGGAUAGAGAGACAGCGAUUUUAGAUGAUGGAGACCCGUCAAGUCCUCAGGGUUUGAGGCGAGAGCAUUCGUGUUGCGGUCGAGCAAAGUGUGGCGACGGUGGAUGGGAACGGGAACGGGAGCCUUGUCUUUCUGAUGUUCACUGCCUCAGCCGAUGCAACAGCGUUAAAAAGAAUCCAAAAAGCCAAACUCUGCCAGCCUUGCCAUCCAAAUCCAUAUCCCCGCCUCCUCAUUCAGCUCAUAUGGAACUCUGCCAUCGACAUAGUGCCCAUCCUUUACCAGAACUGCCAUGGGAACGUCCACCCCCACCCCCGCCCUGUCUCCUCAGGCCUUGCUACCCUUACUCCAGCCCUGAACACACCCACCUGCACAGCCACACCCUCCCAGCCUUAAACAGACUCUGCACUGGGGAGGAGUGUCACCUCCUCCAUUAUUCCAGCCACAAUCCAGCCUCUCAUCUCUCCCAUCAGUCACUGCCCUCAAGUCCUUACAGGGAAAUGUUCUUUGGCUCUCCAACACCAUCCCCUGGUUGCCCCUGUCGGGACUGUGCCAGCAGGCGAGAGCACCAAUCAGCCUCGGUUAGAGCAUUCCACCCAUUGCACCCCGACCAAUCAGAAAGCCCACACUGGUCCCCAGGAGCAGGGAUCCAGCGGACAAGAGAGGCGCCUCCACUGUGGGAAAGUGAAAAUCCAUGGGAGGUGGCGAGAGAGGCAGAGUUCUGGCAGUGCAAAUCAGCCAUGCCAGCAUUUCGUGUCUGCCACUCCAGUUUGGAUCAGAGUCCAAACCCGGAGCCUAGAUAUGCCAUGGGACCUCAUCAGGGUUACCCCAGCCCCCAGUCUCUGAUGGAUGUGCGGGAUGGAGCCAGCAGUGGGUACCACACUCCUCCACAGCCACGUUACUCCUGUCCCUGCUCUCCUUAUCAGUCAUCUCCAGCAGAGAGCCAUGAGAGCAGGGGUUAUGCCUCAGGGUAUCACUCUGGAUCAGCCUCGCCUCUGCCUGCCAGUAGCCCCUCUCCAGGGAGAGGCAGGCUGCCUGAGACUCCCUCUGGAUCGAGAGACCAGCAGCACAUUGAGCAUCACAAAGUAGAACAGACCAAGGCUGAUGCAGAGGAUGACAUAUCCCAGGGUUCAGAGGGUAAAUCGGACUCUAAUGGCCAGUCAAGCACCCCUGGAUUGGACUCUGACCAUGACUACACAAUCAUUGGAAGCAGCAGCCCCACACACACAGAGGACAGUGUAACUGCUGACAGCCCUUCUCAAAGCCAAGAAACCUCUACACAUCAGGAGUGCAGCACAAAUAGCAGCAAAGCUGUUGCACCAAUACCAAGAGAAAUGCAAACCCAAAGUUCCAACAUAUCCAUAAGUUCCACACAACCAUCAGGUGAGCAGAGUUUGAGCUCUGAUGGAAGGCUUGGAGCAGCCAAGAUCCCAGCAAGUCCACAGGGGUCAAAGACUUCAAACUAUGCCACUGUCAUCAUCACCCCAGUCCAAGUGCAACUGAAUGGCUCUGCCCUCCCUUGCGAUACCCCAUUUGAUAGCAACAGAGCUUUGUCCAUGAACCCCUCUGUCAGUCUCAGCUCUAGCCCUUCCACCACUUCCCCAAAUUCUCCCCUUGGCUCCCCAGACCUCCAGUCUUCUCCCACGCGUUCUACAUCAGCAGCAGACACAGCUGGACAGAGACUGACUCCAGACAGAGAUAGCUCGGCUGACACAAAACCACCAUCACCCGUGCCCGAUGGAUAUCAUACACCAACCUUUCCCUUAGCAUCCUAUUACUACCCAUUACUAAAUGUCCCUCACGUACCAUACACUGGGUACACUGCAGUCACCAUCCCAGCCAUCCAGCCACCACUACCCGAGAAGAAACGUCUUUCAUCCACACCAGGAUCCCUGAACGGACACAACUCUCUACUCCGGGUCUCCUCAGCUCCUUCCCCAACACACCACGUUACUUUCUCCCCCUCUGUUGGAGAGCAGAGACGGGGUUCUUCACAACACAGCUGCAGGGAUGAGGCAGACAUCAGGGUCAAUGCUAAGUUUGUCCAGGACAGCUCCAAGUACUGGUACAAACCAGGCAUCUCCAGAGACCAAGCCAUAGCUGUUCUGAAGGACAAGGAACCAGGAAUGUUCCUCAUCAGAGACAGUAACUCCUUCCAGGGGGCCUACGGCCUGGCCCUCAAGGUGGCCACCCCUCCUCCUAAUGCCAACAUCUCUGGCAGCAAAGGGGACCCUCUGGAACAGCUGGUGCGACACUUCCUCAUCGAGACCGGGCCACGGGGAGUGAAGAUCAAGGGCUGUCAGAAUGAGUCCUACUUCGGAAGUUUAUCUGCGCUGGUGUACCAGCAUUCAAUUACUCCUAUCUCACUGCCGUGUGCCCUUCGCAUCCCAGAAAAAGAUCUGGUUGGGGAGCUUCAGGAGAUGCACAGCGCCACAAACACCAGCACAGCGGCUGACCUCCUCAAACAAGGAGCAGCUUGCAACGUGCUCUACCUGAACUCUGUGGAAACAGAAUCGUUGACAGGCCCUGAGGCGAUCUCAAAGGCAACCAAGUGUACUUUGGCCCUGAAUCCACGCCCAGUGGCGACAGUGGUCCACUUCAAAGUGUCUGCUCAGGGCAUCACUCUAACCGACAGCAAAAGAAGGCUAUUUUUCAGGAGACACUACCCAAUCAACAGUGUGACUUUCAGCAGUCUCAACCCCCAAGACCAGAGGUGGACUAACUCUGAUAGCACGUCAAGCAAGAUGUUUGGCUUUGUGGCGAGGCGGACAAGCAGCUCUACAGAGAACGUGUGUCACCUGUUUGCAGAGAUGGACCCCGAGCAGCCAGCCGUGGCCAUUGUCAACUUUAUCAACAAAGUCAUGCUGGGACCACAACUACGCAGAUGAGACAACUGGGGAAUCUGAAAAGUCUGGACUAGUGGGGAUCUGGGAGAGAUGUUAAUAUGGAUUUUAACAAAGCAUGUGUGACUACAUUUGUGCUUGCAUUUGUACAGAUGGCACCACUGUGCUCGGCUGUAUGACUGUUUCUAUUCAGAUCACUGCUCUGCAGGGCAAAGUAUUGCUUAUAUGUCAGUUUACAGAGCAAACCAUUAGAGAGGAAUAGUUUGAUAAGCCAAAGACUGACCUAACUUUGUCUGCCAAAUGAGAUUGAGAUGAGAGUUUGGGUUUUUUGUUUUGUUUAUUUGCUGUUAAUAAAGUUAUUUUAGUUGUAUUCCUGUUCACAUCAUGUACAACAAUCACAUGACACAUGACAAUCCAUGUACCACACUGUUAUUUGUAUUCAAGUUUCUCAACAUCAACAUUUAAAGCUCAAGGAAAAAUGGUUAAGUGUCAAACAAGUAGUAAAAUGCAAGAGUUGUGUUUUAAGGUGUAAAGUGGCCUAAAUGCAAUUUUGGUCCUUAUGCAAUGUGAGAAACAGUAAAGGACAUGAUUGCAGAUCAGAUAUUAUGUAUUUUAAUUAUCUGAGGACAAAGGCUACAUUUUAACUCAGUGGUUACGUACAUAUUUUGUAACUGACUAUAUUUGUUCUUGAUGCAAGUAUACUGUUAAAAGGUUUUUAAGCACAGAUUUAGAGGCAUAUUAUGCUUGACUUGCCUACAAUUUAAAACGGAUAAUUUAAAAUGUUAUGUGGCUACUAACAUAAGCAGGUAAAAGGGGGGACAGCCCUAAAAAUGUUUUAAGACAUUUCUACAGCUAUGACUAAUAAAUAGCCUUACUAAGUGAUGUCUCACGCGGGGAAACCCUACAAUGUCUGCAAUGUUGGUGAUGUCAUUAUAAAAAGAGCCAGUACCAGAAAUGUCUCCAUAUCACAUAUUAGUCUCGGCCCUGCUUAUGUUCCUAUUUGACUAACCGAUAUCCACGGCAACACAUGAUAAGUGACUUAUGUUUCACUUUAAGCCAAAGACUUCAUUAUUGUGUAAAAAGUUGUUUUUAUCAAUACUUUUUGUUUUUGUUUGGUAUCUGUGUUUUCUAUAAACGGAUACGGUAGUUAGAUGACUUCAGCACAAUUACUGUUUUUCAUAAUGGAUUUUUAUGUAAAAGAAGUAAUAUAUUUUAGGUCUCUGAGAAGAAUGGUGUAUGUCAUAUUUGACAGGAAAUUUGAGUAAUAAAAUGGAAUUGAAUUCAA